UCACCAAUAAUAACGUGGCAUGAGGACAGCAGUGCACGUCUAUGUGGCUAGUGUCUUAUUAACUAGUGCUCAGCGAUAUAAUAGUAACUUUUUUACACGCCAAGUUAUUACACGAAAGAGACGUUAAACAAUUUGAUUAUUUCGUCUGUCUAAACCUACUGUACCUUCUUCAUAUUGUAUUGUUAACAGCUAUUUAUAAACUGAAUCGACUAAUUAAUAUUUUCUUUCUGCCAGCCAAUCGCACUGUCUAAAUAAUGCAGAUUACCUCCCUGGACUCAUGCUUACAUUUGACGAUACUGAUAAUCCUGCUGUUCUUUUGUCAACAGAAAGUAGAAGGCAAAAAAGAUAAAGUGUUGUAUUGCUCAGCAUGUAAGGCAAUAGUGGAUGAACUCAAUUAUUUGAUUGGACAGGUAGAUCCAAAGAAGACAAUUCAAGUUGGGACAUUUAGACUAUCACCAGAUGGAAGCUUACAAGACAAAAAGGUUCCACUUGCAAAGUCAGAAACAUAUUUAACAGAGCUUUUGGAAAAAGUGUGUGGACAUAUGGAUGAUUACUCUCUCUAUGUGGAUCCUGAGACAAAAGUAAAGUCAUACAAGAGAUUUGCUCCACGAGGCGAUGAUAAAAGUAUGCUUGAGAAUUUUCACAAUUUUCAGUUUGACAAUGGACCUGAAAAUUCGAAAAUUUUAAAAUUUGCGUGUGAAAGCAUAGUAGAGGAGUAUGAAGAUGAUAUAAUUUCACUAUACACCCAAGAGGCAGACCAUGUGGCUGACAAGCUGUGCAGCGAAAUAUCAGAUCUGUGUAAAGGUGAGCUUUCCUCCCAUGCCGAACUAUAAUGAGAGCAUUACUUCAAAUUAAGUUAAAACUAAAGAAUAAUAACACAAUAAAGCAACACCAGGAUGCCUUAGACUUUUUGCUUUAACACCAAUUUGAAUAAAGUGAUUUUCAAAAUG